UCUGAUACCAACUAAUGGAGCGGAAGUAUUAUAGUAACCGAUAGAUGCAAGGAUAUCGUUGAAUUCUGCAAUGCCCGCUAUCAAUGCCUUCUUAAAUCUGUUGAAUUCUUAAGAAUGCCCAGAAGUAAGGAUUCAAGAGAUUUGUGUUUCUAAAACCAAAGUCCUAAAUUUAUAUUAAUCAAUAAUCAAGUGGUGAUCUCUUACAAAUCAAGAGAACUCCUUAUAUAGCAAAAUAAAAGACACAAAACCGACAUAAAAAGGAAACCUAAACAUAGCUUAAGAAGGAAGUUAAAAAUAACUAAGAAAAGGAAAUAAGAAAUCCAAAACAGAGUAGGUUAUCGAUGUAUGCUACAUCAGAAGCUAUGGGAACUUCUGAGUCGAGAGUCUGAGAGAUUGACAGGAAUAGACGAGCAAGUUGCUGGACUAAAGCGUCAGCUUGGAAGGUUACAGUCCUUGUUGAAAGAUGCACAUGCCAAAAAACACCAGAGUGAAAUGGUGAGAAACUUCUUGGAAAAUGUCAAGGACAUCGUCUAUGACGCUGAGGAUUUAAUCGAAUCCUUUCUUCUCAAAGAGUUUGGAGGAAAAGAGAAAGGAGGGAUCAAGAAGCGUGUCAAAAGACUUGCUUGCUUCUUACUGGAUCGUCGCAAAUUUGCUUUAGAUAUCAAAUGCACAACUAAGAGGAUCUCCGAGGAGAUUGAGGGGAUGCAGAGUUUUGGAUUACAAUAGAUUAUCGAUGGUGGACCUUCACUGCCACUGCAAGACAGAGAGAGGGAGCAAAGGGAGAUCAGACAAACGUUUUCUAACAGUUGUGAAAGCAAUCUUAUGGGGGUUGAGCAGAGUGUUGAAGAGUUGGUUCCCCAUUUGGUGGGUGAUAAUAGCGUUCAAGUGGUUUCUGUAUCAGGAAUGGGUGGUAUUGGUAAAACGACCCUCGCUAGACAAGUCUUUCAUCACGACAUUGUCAGACGUCAUUUUGAUGGGUUCGCAUGGGUUUGUGUUUCGCAACAGUUUACUCGGAAAUAUGUUUGGCAGAGGAUCUUGCAAGAUCUUAGACCACAUGAUGAAGAUAUAAUAAAGAUGGACGAACAUACACUACAGAGUGAAGUCUUUGAACUCUUGCAAACCGGUAGAUAUUUGGUUGUUUUAGAUGAUGUAUGGAAAGAAGAGGACUGGAACCGAAUUAAACCAGUUUUUCCAAGGAAAAGAGGUUGGAGGAUGCUACUUACUUCUCGAGAUGAGGGAGUUGGGUUACAUGCAGAUCCAACAAGUCUUGCCUCUAGACCAAGAAUCCUUACUCCAGAAGAAAGUUGGAAGCGAUGUGAGAGGAUAGUAUUCCCUUGGAGAGACCAAAACGGAUCAAGGGUUGAUGCAGAAAUGGAAGCUAUGGGGAAGGAAAUGAUCGCGUACUGUGGAGGACUACCACUAGCCAUCAAAGUGCUAGGAGGGUUAUUAGCUAAGAAACAUACAGUUGCUGAGUGGAAAAGAGUGCAUGACAAUAUCGAAGCACAAAUAGUUGGAAAAUCUGGCUUAGAUGACAGCAAUCCCAGUUCAGUGUACAGAGUACUUUCUCUGAGCUAUGAAGAUUUGCCUAUGAAGCUAAAGCAUUGCUUCCUUUACCUGGCUCAUUUCCCUGAAGACUACAAGAUAGAAGUGAAGACAUUGUUCAAUUACUGGUUUGCAGAAGGAAUAUACAAUGGAUCAUCAACAACCAUUCAAGAUAGUGGAGAAGGCUACCUAGAAGAGUUAAGGAGGAGAAAUAUGGUUAUUGUUGAAGAGAGCUAUUUGAGUUCGAGAAUGGAACGUUGUCAGAUGCAUGACAUGAUGAGGGAAGUAGGUUUAUCUAAAGCGAGAGAAGAGAACUUUCUUCAGUUCGUCAAAGUCCAUACUUCCACCUUCACCAUCAAUACUGAGUCUCCUAGUAGAUCUCGCAGACUCAUUGUACAUAGUGGCGAUGCGCUUGACAUGCUGGGACGUCAUAAAAACAACCACAAAGCCAGGUCUGUUUUGGUUUUUGGAGCAGAAGAUAACUGUUGGAAGCUUUCAAGUUUUCGAAACUUACAGUUGCUCAGGGUACUAGAUCUUUCUUACGUACAGUUUAAAGGAGGGAAGCUACCUCCAAGCAUUGGAGAGCUCAUCCAAUUGAGGUUCUUGAGCUUACACGAGGCUGGUGUAUCUCACCUCCCGUCUUCUCUGCGGAAUCUAAAGCUUCUGCUAUGUCUGAACCUAAAUGUUGCUGAUCUGUUACACCUUGUCCAUGUGCCAGAUGUUCUGAAAGAGAUGUAGGAACUGAGGUACCUUCUCUUACCUCGUUCAAUGCAUGACAAAACAAAGUUGGAACUAGGUGGUCUAGUGAACCUAGAGUCCUUAACAAAUUUCUCAACCAAACACAGUCGCGUGACAGACCUCCUCCGUAUGACCAAGCUCAGAGCUCUCAUUGUGAACUUCAGCGGCGGUUGCACUUUCCAAACCCUCUCCUCAUCUCUUCACGAACUGAGAAACCUCGAGACGCUUAGAGCAGCCUUAUCCCACAAACCCCAAGUGGGUUUCUAAUUUCUUUUUCUUUUUUAUUUUUCGGUUAAAAACAAAAAAAAAAACAAAAGUGCACGUGGGGCCCGCAAAUAGUGUUUAAAACCCAUCCAAAUUGUUUC